AUGAGUGAAGAGAUCUCAAUGACGGGUACCACUCAGCCUAGCUUUACGGAAGUGAUUCUAGGAACUCCAUAUCAAGAAGGUCAUCUUGAACAAAUCCAUAAAGGAAACAAUAGCCUUCCAUUCAUUCUCUCCAACCCCACCCCCUCCCAACCGUUCAACUUCCAAGCCCAGCGUGAUAUCCUGAGCUUUGAUGAUCCAUUCAAAUCACCAAUCAAUCGCCCGACGCUCCAGUUCAAUAAGAAACGAAGACGACAACCCAGCCACUCAGAACCCCAUAUCAACUCACCAAAAGAAGCUAUUCGAAAGGCUAGAGAUCUACUCAUUCUAGCUGCCUCCCUGAAAGAGGAUACCGAAGAACAAUCGAAAGUCCUAGACUUAAUCGAAAUCUUUCGUGAAUAUCUUAAAAAAGGAAAACUCACCAAAGCCUCAAAUAUCAUCAUAUCACAAAUCUCCCAUCUAGAAAAUACCAUCUAA